CUCGAGCCAGGCGACGACGAGGCCAAAGGCUCAGGGACACGCAGCCAAACAGGGCCAGCAGGGGACAGACCAGGUGGCAGUGUGGCAAACUCGAAGGGACGCGACCGUGUAUAUAAGAAGGCGACAGGGCCCCUCAAUUAUAUAGUCAUUCGCCAUAUCUUCAAAGAUGACCGAUAUCAACCAGGUCCCUAAGCCUAUGGACAUCACUGAAACCCCUGUCGAUGGCGGCGUCGACAAGCCCAUUGACAAGGAUGCUGGCAUUCUUGCUGGCGCAGGCAUUACAAAGGCCGCACCCGCACACAUCAUUGACCAGCCAUGGACCACCAGCAAUUGGUACCAGCACCUCAACUGGCUGCACAUACCACUUCUUGUCGUGGUGCCAAUGAUUGGCAUUUACGGCGCAUUGACAACUGAGCUGCAGAUGAAGACGGCCAUCUGGUCUGUGCUUUACUACUUCCUCACUGGCCUUGGCAUUACCGCUGGAUACCACCGAUUCUGGGCACACAGGUCUUACACUGCUUCAUUGCCCCUUCGAUUUGCGCUUGCUGCCUUUGGUGGCGGUGCCGUUGAGGGAUCCAUCAGGUGGUGGUCGCGCGAUCACCGUGCUCACCACCGAUACACCGACACAGAGAAGGACCCAUACUCCGUCCGCAAGGGCUUCUGGUACUCCCACCUCGGCUGGAUGAUUCUCAAGCAAAACCCAAAGAAGAUUGGCCGUACGGAUAUCGCCGACCUCAACGCUGACCCAAUUGUCAUGUUCCAACACACACACUACGGCAAGGUUGCUCUCUUCAUGGGAUUCAUCUUUCCAACACUUGUUGCUGGACUUGGCUGGAAUGAUUGGCGCGGUGGAUACUUUUACGCCGGUGUCUUGCGUCUCGUCUUUGUUCACCAUGCUACAUUCUGUGUCAACUCACUUGCUCACUGGCUCGGUGACCAACCAUUCGAAGACAGGCACUCUCCUCGCGACCACAUCCUGACUGCUUUUGCAACAUUGGGAGAAGGCUACCACAACUUUCACCACUCUUACCCAUCAGACUACCGCAAUGCUAUUCAAUGGUGGCAGUACGACCCUACCAAGUGGCUCAUUCAAGUCUGCAAGGCUCUCGGUCUUGCUUCUGAUUUGAAAGAGUUCUCAUCCAACUCUAUUGGCCAAGCAAAAGUCAUGAUGGCGCAAAAGAAGCUCGAUCGUCAACGCGCCAAGCUCGACUGGGGUAUCCCUGUUGACCAAUUGCCAGUGUGGGAAUGGUCAGAGUUCCAGGCUGCUACGGCCAAGGAUGCUGAAGACCGCAAAAAUCUCAUUCUCGUUGCUGGUAUCGUGCACGAUGUUACCAACUUUAUUGGACAACACCCAGGUGGCCAAGCACUCAUCAAGUCACAGAUUGGCAAGGAUGCAACUGCUGCAUUCAAUGGUGGUGUGUAUGAUCACUCUCUCGGUGCACACAACUUGCUCGGUUCCAUGCGUGUUGCUGUUGUGCGCGGUGGUAUGAAAGUGGAAGUCUGGAACACAGAGCGCAAGGAGGUUGCAAGGGAUAGCAAUGGCGCUGUCAUCAACCGCUCAGAUUUCUUGCCAACCAAGGUCUCUGAGCCCGUUGAGGGCAACCGUGCUGCGUGAGUAGUCUUGCUGAAUUGCACUUGCUCUCUUCCCUUCUCCUCUUUUUGUAUUCUUCCAUACCCACUGAUGACCAAGCUUUAGAAUUUAUAGAAAAUCUAUUGACAUGUACACGCUU